AUGGCGUUCGUUCCGGAUUUGGACAUGCUGGAGAGCAGCAGCCUGAACGAGGAGACCUUUUACGGCCUGGACUCGCCGUGCAUGCAGAAGAAGCGCCGUCUCAGCUCGGAGCUGCUGCCCCGCGGCCAGAGCGCCCCCGACGUGGGCAUCCAGGUGACCCUCACCGAGGGACCCCCGGCCAGGAGGUUCCGCCAGGCGGCCACCCUCGUGGUGGCGGCCACCAAGCUCCUCAAGACGCUCUCGCCCCGCGACUUCGCCGACAGCGACCUCGGCAGCUUCCUGGACGCCGUUUUCGAGCCCGUCCCCUUCCAGCGGCUGGAGAGCAGCUACGCGGGGGCCCCCGUGUACCGCUACACCCGCUCGCAGUCCUUCGACAUCCUCGACAUCAAGCACAGGUGCUUCGUGCUGGAGUCGCCCACCCAGCUCGUGGCCUUGCACCUGCAAGGCCCCUCCAUCAGCCGCAAAGUGAAGCUCAACAUCGCGCUGUACCGGCCCAAGAGCUCGCCGGGCGACACCGGCGCCCUGCGGAUGCCCGUGGCGCUGGGCAUCAAGGGCUACAAGCUCUACAUGUCGUGCGUGAUGAGCGGCGCGGAGCCCACGCUGCAGCUGGAGGAGGCCGACAUCACCAGGGACAUCGACAGCGCCGAGCUGACCCGCUUCAUCUUCUACCGCCUGGACAGCCCGGGCGAGCGCACCACGAGCUUCGAGUCGGUCGCCUUCCCCGGCUGGUACAUCUGCACCUCGCCGCACUCCAAGCAGCCCGUGGGCAUCACCAACAAGCUGGGCGAGGUGAACAUCACCACGUACCGGCUGAGCUAGGGAGCUG